AUGCCGAUGGAGAAACAUACGGAUUAUGUAAAUGUCGAGGCGUUAAUUGACAAUCUUGUGUUUAUUACGUAUUUAGCGGAGAAGAAUGAUACUAUUACCACUACAAAUACGAGCAAUACGAAUAAAACGAAGCCAGUUUACUUGUAUGGAAUACUCGUAGAUUUGAAUGGAACAAUUUUUUCAAAUCAACCGUUAGAGUUAGGUCAAUCGAAAUUGAUAAACGGCAAAUAUACUACUGGAACACUAUACACAAACAGAAUUACGGGCACGGAUCAAAAAAAGUUCUUUUAUGUUAUGGAUUUGACACUGAUUAAGCUUACAUUGUCGUUGCCUUCAGAUGAUAAUCCAGUUCCAGAGCUACUUCCAUUGAAUAUUGCAACAUUUGUGAUUGCUCCCGAGACUUUGUUUCCUUUGGUCGAUGGUGGUUAUGGCAUGAUUUACAUAAUAAAAGAUUCAAACAAAAACACGACAUCAGAUCCAACAGACGUCAAAUAUCGUGUCUACGUUUCGUUCAUUAACACGAAAGAAGAAGUCUCAGAAAAUUUUCUCAUAUACCAAUCAGUCAUCCCGUUACUUUCCCUAAGUUUGAACGAAUGCAACAACGAAUUAGAAGACACAGGAGGUGGUUAUUUGAAAAGAACGAUAAAAAAAUCCUCGAAAGGUGAGAAAUCCAGCAUUUCUGAAUCUGUGUACACCAAAGACGGAGAUUUCUUUUCGUUGUGGGAUUUCCCUGAGCAAAUCAGUGAGCAGUUUACACCAAUAUACGGUAUUUUCCCAAAUGACACUGUUUGGCAAAUGACCCAAUCUGUUAAUGGUACUUGGUCAAUUUUAUCGACACAGUUUGACUUGCCUAAUUCGAAAAAUACAUACGAAAAUCCUUUCAUCGUUUCUAUGAACGUAGACACAAGGAAUAACAUCUCGAUAACAUUCAACAAAUCAAUCGAACUUUCCACAGGAACCAUUACUAUAUAUCAAAAGAACAGCUCCGGGACCACUGACACGGACUAUAAUAAUAAUGAUAUAUUACGCCAAAAAGUUUCAAUUCAGUCGGGGGAAUCUUCUUCGUUCAUUGCUCUCGAUGAAGAUGGGAAAACAAUGUACCUUAAAGUGUUAACAAGUACAUUUAAUCGGCCCUCGGAAAACUAUUAUCUAGUGAUGCAAUCGAAUUUUGUGAAAUUGGUGAAAACUGGCGAGCCGUUGCUUGGUAUUCGGAAGGAUUUUAAUGCGUUAGUGCCACCACAAGAUAAAGUCAGAAAACAGGAUGAACCAAUAUCCGGCCUCCUCCGUCUAACAACAGACGGCAGCCAAUACUUAGAUUCACGAAACUCGAAAAAAGACAAGGAAAAAUUCUUUUCCGAUCUAAAAUUACAACUCGCAAAAAGCAUUCCAGUCGACCCUUCUCGACUUUCAAUUUCCAGCAAAUGCCAAUACGAUCCAAAAAGUAAUGGUGGAAAAAGAACAUUAUUUUCGAUCAAGAUUACUAAUGAGGGUACGCAAACCUUACGCAACACCAAUAUCGAUAUUAGUAAUGAUUUAAAUACGUUGAUUAAGUAUAAGAACGUGUCGCCGAUUUCGGAGUAUCCGUUGACAAAGUAUUUGGAUGAUGAGUAUGGGUUUGUGGAGAAUGAAAGUUUAUGGGAGCCAUUCGGUCUAUUUGCGAUUAUUGGAAUCGUUUUAUUGCUUGUUCUUUUUAUUUUUGCGUAUCGUGUAAAUUCUGAGGCAGCAAAUAUGUUGAUAUUUUUCGUCGCUCUUAUAUUACUCGAUUUCGCAUUGGAUGUUACAUUUUUGGUAAAGCACGGAAAAGAUGUGUCAUGGUUAUUCUUACCGAGUCUACUAGUCCUAAUAAUAUCGGCAGGCAUAAAUUUCGUAGGAACUACUAUAAUUCUAGUCAGAGAGACAACCGAAAGUCAACUAUUCAGCAAAUGGUUUCGAAACAACACAGAUAUCGCCAUUCUUUUGGCACUUUUUGGAACGGUGGAUGUCGAAAUCGUGCGACUACUGUGGUCAAAUCUGUUUGAUGCGAAAAUUUUCAAGGCACCGGUUUCUGAUCGAACUCGUGCUGUUAUUUUUUGGAUGUCAAGUUUGAGUUUAAUUAUUGAGGAUAUUCCGCAGUUGGUAUUUCAGGUUUUAUAUCAAACCAACAGCGUCAAAUACAGCAUAAUCCCACUAAUGACACUAGUAACGUCAAUAAUAAUAGUAGCACAUAAUGUAUUUGGCAGAUGUUUCCUCGCUGCAAACCAUCUUUGUAUGCUUACACUUCAUUUAGACAGCAAAGAACCACCCGCCAAUGAAGCCGAUGACGAAAUUGGAGGUAUUCCAGCGUCAUCUCAAGAAGAUGAAUUAGAAAAUCCAGCAAUCCUACAACAAUUUUUGUCUAAUAAUCCAAGUGACCAGCAGCUGCCUCCACAUGCCAUUGUUACCGCUUCUCGUCAGUCGACUGAUGAUGAGGAUACAGAUACGAUAAUUGGAGGGUCUUCGUUUCCGGAAGCUAGUAGUAGUGCUGUUGGGAGGUCCUUUUAG